CUGGCCACUCAAGGGCGGCACGUUGUAACGCUCCUUACUGGUGGUGUGUUUUCGCAACGCCAUAGACAGGGGUUAGUAAGCUUCCGGAGAAUCUACAGUAUAACAACCGCUCCGACUGUCUUACCACUAACCUUAACUACUUUUUAACCAAAUGGUUGGUGUUCGACGAGUAGCGAUAACUGGUGUGGGAGUUUGUACACCUAUAGGUUGUGGUGUACCUGAUUUCUGGACAAAUCUGAUAAACGGUUUUUGUGGAAUAUCUAAAACACAUGGUAGCUUGAUGUGCUAUUUCAUGAAUCAUAGAUGGAUUUUCUUUCUUGCCUAGUCGUGUGGCUGGAAUAAUUACUGAUCGUGAUUUUGAAGAACAGAAAUGUCUUGUGAACUCUUCACUGAAAGAAACUUGGAAAGUAGACAUUUCUAGUGAUUGGAAGUCGAUAUCACGUGCUAGUGCUUUAGGUGUUAUAGCAACUCAUGAAGCUUUUAGACAAGUAAAGUGGAAAAUGAACUCAGGCUAUCGAGCAGGCGUAUACUUUGGAGUUGGAAUGGAUGGUCCAAGUGAAGUUAUAGAUACAGCAUCAGGAAUUCUAACCAAAAAGUAUUCUGGAGUUGGACCACACGCUUUGACUAGAACAUUGAGUAAUAUUCCCGCUGGUGUGAUAAGCCGAAUUUGGGGGCUACGAGGACCAUGCAUGGCUACAAAUACUGCAUGUGCUGCUGGCCUUCACUGUAUCGGUGAGGCUUUUCGUAUGAUUCAAAAUAAUGAAGCAGAUUUGGUUGUUGCUGGUGCAUGUGAAGCGCCUUUAAAUCCAUGGACAAUGGCGGCUUUUUCUCGUCUUCGCGCUCUGUGUACACAGUUCAAUGAUACUCCUGAACAAGCCUCCCGUCCUUUUGACUCACAACGUAAAGGAUUUGUAUUAUCUGAAGGUGCAGCUGCAGUUGUUCUACAAGCUUGGCCUCCUCCAGAUGAUUUCUUACGAGAAUCAUUUGAUGAACCGCCUACACCGAUUGCUGAAAUCAUUGGUUUUGGAAGAUCUGGAGAUGCUCAUCAUCUAGUGGCACCUGAACCAACUGGUAAUGGAGCAUUUCGAAGCAUGUUGAAUGCCUUCAAAGAUUCAAAACUUGAAAGUCUAAACCAGAUUGGACAUAUCAAUUGUCAUGCAACAUCUACUCCUGUAGGUGAUCGAGUUGAAUUAAGUGCAAUUGCACAACUUUUAGGUGAACACUUAAUUCACAGAGAUACACCGAUUGUAAUCAAUUCUAUUAAAGGUCAUAUUGGUCAUUGUUUGGCGGCAGCCGGUGCUAUAGAAACAGUCUACGCUGCUUUAUCUGUAAAUAAAGGUGUAAUUUGUGGAAAUCUUAAUCUGCAUAAUCCUAUUUCAAACGAUGAAUUGAUGGAAGUUAUACAAAUGAAUCGAAAUUCGCACACCGAUUCAUCUUUUGUACAAAAAUGUAUCAAUGUGUUCAAUAGCGCUACUGUACUUCCUAAACACAAUGAAUUAAAUGUCCAAUGGCCAAAUAAUCCUCUCCUGCUCAUCAUCAUUGUCGUGUUGCUAUGGUCAACUCGUUCGGUUUCGGCGGAACAAACGGAACGUUGAUAAUUUCAGAAUGGAAAGAAUAGGAUAAAGUGUAUUUUCAAAUAAUAUUUAGUCACUGUGUAUAUAAAAUUGGCAUAGAGCUUUAGGUGCAAAUGUAUAGCGAAAUAUAUAUUUUAUGAAUUUACCUAUCGUUACUUGUGUUCAAUAUAAAAGUUGGUUUAAUGAUUGCUGACAUUAUGAGUAACAAGCCACCAUCCAUACCUGUUGGUGUCGAUGUUGAAGGUGAGGCAGUAACUCAUUGAAGAAGACAUUGAUUGCGAAGUGGUCGUGUCUCAUAGGUCCUUUAUUUAUGGUGCCAAAUAACUCUAGAUGAUGAUAUAAAUUCUAUUCUUGUAACGGCUGAAGACGAAAGAAUUUGGUAACGGAAUGAAUUGUUUGCAACUCGAUACACAGAUAUAAGCAAAAUAUGUCUACCAAAUAGACGUAAAAUCACUAUUUGCAUAUAUCUUCGGUGUUGUACUGUUCUGUCUUCCACAUUCUUCUUCUUCUUCUUUGUCUGCCUGUCUUGUUUUCCAUGUUAUUUCUCAAGGAUCGUUCAUUAAAUCCAUCUCUUCACCAUUCGAUAUUCUUGGCGCUGAUAUACACA